AGAGCACGUGUCCGCGUGGUGUUUUUACACAGCAGUAGUGCGUGUGAGCAAGAUCUACAUACUCUCUUCCGUCCCUUUGUUCUCUCUGCCUGGACUACACGAUCCAGUGUAGGGUCUCUCGCUUUGUGCUGAGAGGCAGCGUGCGAAAACGUCCGCAAGGCAACCAAAUCUUGGCAUCAGUAUCGCUGUCCCGAAGGACGUAAUAGCAAGAUGUUGAGCAUUGCGAGAGCUCGAUUGGGAGGGGUCGGUGCGCGAAGCAUCAACACCCUGAUGCGUGCCCCGAGAACCGGGCCGGUGGUGGCAAGGUCGGCCCUCGGGUCCAGCUACGGAGGGAGCAGGCUUGCCAUCAUGAAGCCGGCGCGAGCAUCCUCGAGGCAGCUCUCGGCGGUGCCCAAGGGCGAGGCCGAGCAGGCUGAAACGGUGUUCGAGAGACAGGUCCGCGAAGCCAAGGCAGACUUCAAGGUGUUCAUGACCAAGGAGCGCCAGCCCCUCAAGUUCAUGGGCCUGAACUCCAGGACCACCAUCGGCAUGCUGUGCGGUCACGCCAGCUUCGGUAUCGCGGCGCUGGUCUACUUCGAGACGGACCCUUUGACGACUCGUGUGAUGGUGUUUACAGGGGCUACUUUAGGUCUGUUUUUCAGCUACUACCGCCACCCUCCGCUCAUCAUCUCCAUCAAGUGGCUGACGCUGACCCUCAUCCUCAACUCGUUCCUGCUGGCUAUCCUUUGGAACGAGCGGGCGGAAGCGGAGGAACUCAAAAACGACCCUGAGAAGGCGAGGAUCUUCGAAGAGCUCUUCAUGCCCUUCGACCUCAACCCGGUGGAGUUCCUGCGGCUCAUGGACCUUGCCGACCGCCGCGUUUGGAUGAAGGGAAACGACAUCUGCCAGGCGGGCAGGCCCCACGAGGACAUGUUCCUCAUCGUCGAGGGAACCGCCGAGGUGAAGUCGGAGGGAGAGACGGUGUCGCACCUGGAGCCCGGAGGAUUCGUCGGAUCGAUGGCCUUCCAGCGCUUCACCCAGGACGCGGAGGCACCCGUUGACGUCACUCCCGAUGUGGUGAGGAGGAACACCAUCAACAGCUCGGACUUUGUCUACCUCGACAACAUCAUCCUGGAGAACGGGAGCUCCGUGUACGGAGGCGGCGACGGCCGGUCCACCCGCAAGAUCGUGAAGGAGGCAUUCCUCCACUUCAUGCGGCAAGACCACGUCAUCGGGAAGGUGACCAGGUCGCUGGUUUCGGACGUGAUGGGCAUGAGGGUCCACAAGGAUGACAUGGAGCGUUCGAAGACCACGGUUACCGCUACUUCCGACGUCGUUACGUACGCCUGGGACAUGCACGAACUCCACGCUUUCCUGAAGCGCCGCCCGCUGAUCGCAGCCUCCCUCCAGAAGGCGAUGGCGGAGGACUUCAUCAACAAGGUGUACCAGUCAAGGGGACACGAGGAACGGUACCGGCUGCUGCUGGUGGAGUCCCUGGACCCGGGAUCGAUCAACCCCAUCGGGCGGGAGAAGCUCCGGAGGUACCGCGAAACGCACCACAUCUCCGACGAAGUCCACAAGGGUUUCCUCAAGGAGCAGGGCUGGACCGAGGAGGAGUACUUCAUGGGUUUCCAGCAAAACAAGGCCCCGCGGGACGGGUCGGCGCGUUUCCUCGAGUACGAAGCGCUGGUGUCGCGCGAGCUCGCCGGCGGGAAGGUCACGCCGGAGGCGCGGUCGAACCUCCGAAAGUUCCGGUCCCAGGCCCACAUCGACGCUCAGGAGCACCUCCUCGCUAUCCAGAAGCAGGGCUGGACGGCGGACGACUACGAGGCGGGCGAAAAGGGCGCGGGUGAAUACUAUGAGAUCGUUGGCAACGCCGCCGACAAAUUUCAAUAGAGCGAGCUAAAUAGUGUCAGGACCGCCGGGGAUUGGCAAGAGUAGCUCCGAGCGGCCAGCGCAGCGGCCCUGUCGGCAUAGUGUCCCCAGUGGAUCUUCUCGCGACGCCGACCCGCGGAUGGGUAGGGAGAGCGUUGACAGAUCGCGCUUUUCCGACCUGCAGUUUUUGGUACGUUGGAAAACGUAAAUUGUGACUUGAGGAAUGUGGGCGGCGGGGUGUGUGCUGCCGCCUUGUUUUUUCAGUCGUGGGGUAGAAGUAGAAGCCGUCUUUCAUCAACGAGGGUUCAUAGAGAUGGUUCAUGCGGCGCGGUUUUGUACACACCAAGGGCGAGCGGCCCUACCGAAACAAAGAAAAUGGUUUGGGGGGGGGGAGGGGGGGGGGACUUUUUUUGUCAGUUGAGGGCGGCCUUGGACCCACGGGGUGGUUUCGUAUUCCGCCUACUGAGUAUGCAAUUUUCCGUCCCGAUUGCCCUAGGCUCGCGGUCAAUUUCAUACCGUAAUGGGCCAUGCUUGGUCUUGUGAGGCAUGUAGGACUGCGCGCCUGACAGCUGUUGCGGGCGUUGCUUACUUACUUUGUAUGUGCCCGAAGUAAACUUUUUCGCUCCUAUUGUGUGACUCCCAUCGGCUUCAUUGUCGCGAACACGCUCACUCUUGCAUUCUUGCAACAGGUUCGGUCUGUACGUGGUGGCGUGUAUUGCGCUCUGUCCUUUUUUUUGCUACAGCAUACCGCUUGAUAAUUUUGGUCGUCACCGCGAGCAGUAGCAACAGUUGGAAAUUCGUGAAACCCGCUGGGCUUUGUCGCAGUGCAUCAGGCAACAGCUGCUGGAUGUGGCAAGGGAGGAAAAAUGUUUGUGUCCCCUAGGUGGUUAACGCGCAAGGUGCUUGGGAUGAAGGAGAGAUUACAGCGAGAGAUGCUAGCUUCGGCGGGAGAUGCGCGUAGUUCGCGGGGCGGGUGACGUUCAUUUGCGGUCUUGGUUUCGCGCUUUUCCCAGGUCGAGGGCGAGAGGUAAAACUUUCCGUCGUAGCGUAUUUUCACGCCUUUUGGGGUUGUCGAAAGCGAAAACAAACGUGUCCCGAAGGCAUACAAAACCGCGUACAUGCAGCGCGUGCCUUUCUCUUUGCGUCACGCAGCACGCCGUUUGCCCGUUUCGUGGGUUUUCCGGUACGCUUGCGCACUCUUAUGAUAGAUGGACUCGCUGUGUCAAAAAUAAUAAUAAUAAUAAUAUGAUGAUGAUGAAAAAAAU